AUGAUCCUACUCCAUGGAGUUCCUGAAGAAAAAUCUGAGGAAACUGCUACCGUCAUAAGUACACUUAUCAGCACGAAACUACAAGUGUCAGGUUUCAGUAAAACAUCCAUAAGCCGCUGUCAUCGUUUGGGACGCCCUUCCGAUAAAUCUUCCAGGCCUGUGGUUGUCAAAUUCAGUGAUAUUGUGAUGCGAGACAAGGUUUGGUUCUCCAAAACCAAACUUAAGGGCACAGUAUCCGCUGUUAAUAUUGAAAAUGUUUCUACAUAUCCGAAAACACAUCAACUUCCUUUAAACCAAGGCGCUACUACACAAAGUUUAAAAGAAAAUUUUAAUCCACAUCUACUUCCAAUUCAAUGGCAGAAAAAUUACUCACAGGGCAUUUAUCCACAAAAACAAUACUUACGUACAAAUCACCAACUGCCAUAUCUGCCUGAUCAAAAUAUCAAAGAACUAAAUUAUGAGCCAAGAAACGAUGGUAGAGUCCAGAAUAUUCACGAUCAAAAUUUCAAACCACCAAACCCAAUUGAUUCUGAGCCACCUGUAAAUGAAUUCAAAAUUACUCUGAAUUCCCCAAGAGGUUAUUAUUUAUCUCAAGCAGGCAUCGAACAUAGAAUAUUGGACGCUCCAAUUCAGCCAAGUAAUCAAUACUUCAAUCAGAAGGGAUUGAGAAAUAACGGCUUUAAUACAAACAAUGAAAAUGUACCCAAAUUUCAAGGCGUGGAGUUAAAAAGAAAUCCGGAUAUUACUUCACCGCUGGAUGAUAUCAGUACAAAAAUAAAUGGCAUAUCCUUAGAGCAUCAACAAAGACCAAUAGAGACAAAUAUUGAAAACUAUUAUCAAGUAAGAAAUAUUCCGUCAGCAAUUAAUACUGGAAACCAAAAUGACAGAAAUAUUCAACCAAUUCAGAAUCACUUUUAUCAAACAGGUUCUGGAUUUUUAACACAAAAUAAAAAACUUAAUGCAUUAGAAAUGCCGAAUAAUCAACAAAAAGAAUCUCGUCCAGGUUAUGAUACAAGAGAGAAAAACUUAAGCGCAGAAACAUCAGAUCAUAACAAGCGUUAUAAAGUAAUUCACAAAAACGGAGCUGUUGAGUAUUAUGAUGACUUGGAUGUUAUUUUGAAAAAAUAUCCACUUAUUAAAAUAGCAACCAACAUCCUCUACUCACAAAGAACGCAAAAUACGAAUUUAAAUAAAGUUAAUAAUAUAUCACCAGUCAUUCCUAUGUCAAAUCCGAAAAUAGCUGUGCUCCUACCAAGCCCCAAACUUAAGGAUCAUGCGGAUAACUUUUCACAAUAUACUCCACAAAAUAAUAUCCAAAUACCUAAAAAUGAGCAAGCUUACCAAAAACCACCAAAUGCUGGAGAAGAAAAAGCUAUUUUAAAAACAUUAGCUAACAAAGUAGCCGAAAAACCAUUUGUGUCACAAUUGUCAUCUUUAAAACUAAAUCAAAAUAUUCAGGUUCAACCAUCAAUGUUGGAAAAUAAUGAAAAAAAUUUGGUAACAACUAAUGUGUUGGAUAAAGGAAGUGAAAAUAGUUAUGUCUCUAGUUUGAAAACCGAACAUAUAACAGCACUUAAUGUUAGUAAUGCAGCUCAAGUAUUACCACGCCGAUCGGAAAAUGUAGUAGAGCAACCUGUUACGCACAUCUUAUCUAAUAAUAAUCAUCCAGAAGUAUCACUACGACAGAGUUCACCAAAUAUCCUAUCGGAAUCUAGUAAAUCUAGGAAUACAACUGUUAUAACAAGUGACUCCAACCUAAAUAGUAAUAUUACCAAACCAAUGACAACUUCGUCGGUGUUGAAUGAAAAUAAAAACAAGAAUAUUUCUUCUAUUGUACAAUUGAAUACAAAAACCAAUUUGGAAAGGUCUCCUUUAUUUAAUUUUACUUCAGGUUUGAGUAAAAGUCAGGGAGAACACGAUACAAAUAUAUACAAAGAAAAUAUUUUUGAUCAGAUUAGAACAAUUAAUUUGACUACUCCAGAACUUUUCGAUGAAAACUUGUCUAUUGACGAACGAAAUGUUACCGGAUCAAAAUCUGAAUUUGUGGAAGAUACGGAAAACACUAGUUCAACAGAUGAUUCAAUAAAAAAUAGCGAUGAUCAAGAUAAAGGUUUGAGUAAAAGUCAGGGAGAACACGAUACAAAUAUAUACAAAGAAAAUAUUUUUGAUCAGAUUAGAACAAUUAAUUUGACUACUCCAGAACUUUUCGAUGAAAACUUGUCUAUUGACGAACGAAAUGUUACCGGAUCAAAAUCUGAAUUUGUGGAAGAUACGGAAAACACUAGUUCAACAGAUGAUUCAAUAAAAAAUAGCGAUGAUCAAGAUAAAGAUUAUUUGUCUCUUAGUAAGCCCGAAGUUUGGCUUAGAACAACUGAUCCUGACUUUUGGAAAAAUUUAAUAGACGACAAUGAUGCUUACAGUUUUGUAUAUAUUUUUGAUGUUCAAUCGCAAUCUAGGAUUGAAAAGGACACGAAAACAACUAUAUACCCUAAUGGCACUGUUAUUGAAGAAAUAACUGAAACUACUUGGGAAAAUGGAGACGGUGAUCAACCGAAAAUUUUUAAAACUGUUAAAGUCACUCUUCCCGAUGACGAGAAAAAGGACAAGAAUAAUACAUCGCAAUGA